GGUUACCUUUGAUGAUCGAACGAGAUGGAUAGCGCGCAGGAAUUACGGGAGCGAAGGGCCAGGCAGUCUUGGGACAGCUGUCGGGAAGUGCCUAUCAUUCAAGAUGAACAGAAGCCAAGGAAGCAUUUAAAAAUAAUCCAGUGGCUCAUCUGCACCUUUGUUGGGAUGAUGGCCUUUGCACUUGCAUUUUUUAGCAAGUGUUCACUUCUGCUUUUGAUCACGGUCUCAAACACAGCCUCAAAAACUGUGCCUACAAAGGCAUAUGCAGUUCUGUUUCUUGGAUGUUGUACAAUUGCUUCAAGUGUUCUGAUACUUAUCAAGAGCCUCUGGAAGAUUACAUUCAAAGACUCAAAGACACCCUCAAGGAAAACAGUUCUAUGGGUCGUCAGCAUUGAAACUGUUGUGGCCUUUGGAACUGUAGUCCUCAUCAUUGUCACCAUGCCUCAUUUUGACAUUAUCACUAAUGUGAUGAUUCUGAACAGUGUGGGCAUCUUGUCUACAAUUCUUCAGCUGGUUGCGAGUACUAAAGAAAAAAACUGCAAAAGAGUCAUAAGCCCCAUUAUUGCAUUUGUCCUAAUAGUUGCUGGGUACGUGCUGUUUGUCAUGUUUUACCAAAAAAAGGAAGCUGAAUCAAAUGCCCAAAAGCGAGAAAUGGACAUAUCCAUUGGUCUGGCAAUAGCAGGGACUUUGUGUGUCUCUCUAAACUGGUGGGAGAACUACAGUGGCCUAUUUAAUAGUCCCUUCCUCCAGUAUGUCUCCAGUGACAUCAAGAAGUGCAGAAAUCUUGUCUGCAUCAUUUCCAGUGCUGUCAGAAUUGGAUUUACAGCAAUUAUAGUGGGGGCCUACGUCAAACUGAGGGGUCUGGAGUGGUCAUCUGUUCUCUCAGUCUCACAGGACACAAAGAAAGUUGUUCUGGGCCUGUUUGCCAUCCAAGUCCUAUGUAGUGCAUUCUGCCACUGGUUUGUGGUAGUGGCCUGCAAAAUGCACGCAGUUCGCCGGAGCUUUGUCAUCCCCAUGUGGUUGGCCUCCCCUGCUGCUAUGGUUGCUUUUGUGCUGACUUUUGCAAUCCCAUUUAGGAAAUCUGUCCAGGACAACCCAACAAGCAAUUACUCUCUAGCUCUAUACUGUCAAAAUUUUAUCAGUGUCAAUGGCUCAGAGCUUACUGUGAUGAGGCAGCUUGCCAGUGAUGUCACUCGGACUGUCUGUGGCCACACCGUCUUCUUGCAAGGGGACAAAUUGGGUUGGGGUCUGCUCGGCAGCUCUGUGCUCAGCUGGUGGAUUGGGCUGUUGCUCUGCACUAUCUACAUUUUGUGGCAUCCAUACCAGCGCAUUGAAAGAACUAAGGAUCUGUUCGUGCGCCGCCUGUAUGAAGGAUCUUUCAUCGACCAGUCUUUGCUGCUCAAUGCUCGUUUCAGACCCCUGAAGAAAAAAAAACAGAACAGAGACAAAGAAACUGUGACAGUCUACCUGUGUGCGACAAUGUGGCACGAGACUUAUGAUGAAAUGAUGAAAAUAAUCAUUUCAAUGUUCAGGCUUGACAAAUUCAGACCCAGGAAAAACACAUACAAAGAUGCAAGGUUUGAGUCCCACAUAUACUUUGAUGAUGCUUUCGUUGACGUGGAGGGAAGCAGACAACGUCAUGUGAAUGAAUAUGCAGAGACCCUGGUGGAAGUUGUGAAGGAAGUGUACAUGAUUUUCAGCCAGGAGGACCCAAGCAUCUUUAGGGAAAUUAAACCAAUUCCGGACCAGAAAAUUAUCCCAACACCUUAUGGUGGUCGCCUCCGGUACACAAUGCCCCACGGCAAUAUACUGAAUGUCCACUUCAAGGACAAGCAACUAAUUCGGCACAAAAAACGAUGGUCUCAGAUUAUGUAUCUAUACUACCUGUUAGGCUGGAAGUUGAGCAGAAAGUAUUUCCAGAGGUAUGAGGCUGGGGAAGAGAAGAAAAUUCUGGAGGAAAAUUUGGAGAGGGAAAAGGAAAACACAUACAUUCUGGCCUUGGAUGGAGAUACUGAUUUCCAGCCUUCAGCUGUGAUGCUCCUGAUCGAUCGCCUGAGGCUAUAUCCAGAUGUUGGUGCAGCUUGCGGCAGGAUCCAUCCCACGGGCACUGGCCCCAUGGUGUGGUAUCAGAAGUUUGAGUACGCAGUGGGCCACUGGCUGCAGAAGUCGGCGGAGCAUGUGUUUGGCAGUGUGCUCUGCAGUCCGGGCUGUUUUAGCUUGUUCCGGGGAAAAGCCCUCAUGGACGACAAUGUCAUGAAGAGAUACACCACCAAAGCCAGUGAGGCUAGCCACUACGUGCAGUAUGACCAAGGAGAGGACCGCUGGCUUUGCACACUUCUGCUACAGCAGGGCUGGAGGGUAGAGUACAAUGCAGCCUCUGAUGCCUACACCAAUGCCCCUCAGGAGUUCAAAGAGUUCUACAACCAGAGGCGCCGCUGGGGACCCUCCACCAUGGCCAACACCAUCGACCUGCUGGGAACUGGCAGUCUGACCGCACAAAGAAACAAAUCCAUAUCCAAACCAUACAUCCUCUAUCAGGUCCUAGGCAUGGUUUCCACUGUCCUUGGUCCAGCCACUGUCUGCUUGAUGAUUGCAGGAAGCUUCGCGUUUGUCUUCAAAAUCAACGUCAAUGCUGCCCUUUUGCUGGCAGUUUUACCCCCUGCAAUCUAUCUGGCACUGUGCUUCAAACUAAAAUCUAACACCCAGAUUACCAUUGCUGCUGUUAUGAGUAUAUUUUAUGCCUUCCUCAUGUCAGCAACGCUUUUGUCUAUUAUUGGGGAUGUUGUCAGCCAGGGCACCAUUUUGACUCCCACUGGUCUUUUCUUCAUCAGCAUUGUGCUGAUGUAUAUCGUCACAGCUCUGCUACAUCCCCUGGAAUUCCAUCUGGUCAUUUAUGGAGUCCUGUACGUCCUGACCAUUCCGAGCGGUUACCUCCUGUUGGCCAUUUACUCCCUGGUUAACAUGAACAAUGUGUCAUGGGGGACCCGAGAAACUGCCAGCCAGGCCAAGGCAGCACCCAAGGAAACAAUUCAAAAGAAUGUAAAAUACGAGAAAAAGUGCAGAUGUUGUUGCUGGAACAUUGAGUUUCAAAUAAAUGAAGACGAAAAAAUCAUAGCGGCUCCAGCACCCACAGAAGCCCCAAACACUACAGAACCUGAAACUGCUGUCGUUUCACUUGAGGAGGAACGGGAAGAAGAUCCUUCUACACCAUGCUGGAUUUCACAGCUGAAGGAGAAAUCAUGUGAGCUUUCCUUAGUCCCGGACAUACUUGAUCAGGAUGAAGAACAGUUCUGGAGAGAUCUCCAAGAAAGAUAUUUAAAACCUCUGGAUGAAGACAAGCAAAAGCAGAAGAAAAUUGCAGAUGACCUGAAAGACCUCAGAAAUAAGGCGACAUUUGUCUUCUUCAUGUGCAAUGCUUUGUGGCUAGUGGCCACAUUCUUUCUUCAGGCCAUUGGUUCUGUAGUCACCAUUCCAAUUCCGAAAACAGCUCCCAAUGGAACAACAAUUCCAGGGGAUUUUCAAGUUGACCCAAUAGGGCUGAUGUUUCUCCUGGGCUUUGCAUUGCUGCUGGCGAUUCAGUUUAUUGCAAUGCUCUGGCACAGAAUCCAAACACUAAUUCACUUCAUAGCCUACAAUGGGACAGAAGCUGCGGCUUAUAAAAGGGAAUUCAAAAAGUCAAUGGAGGUCAUAAAUGAGGAAAAGAAUUUCCUUUAAAGCAAGAAGGAUUCCCAAAACAUAAAUCAAAUCUUCAUGCGGAAAGACUGUUAGUACUAAUUAUUCCACGGAAAAGCAGUGCAGGUAAAAUUCAUGAUGUAAAAAUGUAUGAACAGAUUCACUGUUCAUGUCUGGACUCAUUAAUAUGGCUUCUCAAUGUUCUUAUUUUCUUGCCCCUUUCCUGGUCUGCAAACAGUUUCCAUGCUGAUAC